GAUGAUCACAGUAACAGGCCCACACCACACAGCACCUACUCUCUCUCUCUCUCUCUCACUGAAAUGGUAGUGACUAGUGAGUGAGCGAAGGGAAAAUCAAAAUUCACCAUUAUCGCUCUCCAAAAACCCUAGGUAGACGCAAAUCCAUAAAUGCCCCUCUCUCCUUCUCUCUCUUUCUCUUAUAUCAAAUCCUCACUUACUCCUCACAUUUCUAAACUGAACCAAAAAGAAAAACCAAAUUCUCUCUCUCUCCGUUUCUCAUCUUCCAUCCAGAUUCCAUUCUUUCCUUCUCCCAAGUUCCAAUCGCAGCUUACUGCACUAUAUGCUUCCUAGAAAGAGAGCUAGCGAAGGAGGAGUGGUUGUAGAAGAAGAGACCGACACCACCACGAACAACAACAACAACAACAACGCAGGUGCUGCUGCGGCGCCGUUACACAAGAAGGCUCGGAUCGGCUGCUUUGCUGCCUGCUCGCGUGCUGGUGCCGCCGAAUCAACGGAGAACGACAGCGACCGGAGCUUCAGUAGCGGCAGCAACAACAACAACAACAGCGCCGGGAAUUCGAUCGGAGGAGCGUCGGUUAUGGCUUUGGGCGAUUCUAACCCGCCGGAUAUUGACGAGGAUCUGCACAGCCGUCAGCUCGCUGUGUAUGGCCGGGAGACCAUGAGGAGGCUCUUUGCAUCUAGCGUCCUCGUUUCAGGGAUGCAGGGCCUUGGUGUCGAGAUUGCAAAGAAUCUCAUUCUGGCUGGUGUCAAAUCUGUAACCUUGCAUGAUGAAGGGACUGUGGAGUUAUGGGAUUUGUCCAGCAAUUUUGUGUUUUCAGAGAAUGACCUUGGUAAGAACAGGGCGGUGGCUUCUGUUAGUAAGUUGCAGGAACUCAACAAUGCAGUGCUUGUAAUAAGCUUGACAACUAAGCUGACAAAAGAACAACUUUCUAAUUUCCAGGCUGUUGUUUUCACUGAUAUCAGUCUAGAGAAAGCCAUCGAGUUCAAUGAUUACUGCCACAGUCAUCAGCCUUCUAUUGCCUUUAUCAAAACUGAAGUUAGAGGCCUUUUUGGUUCUGUGUUUUGUGAUUUUGGGCCUGAGUUCACUGUUUUUGAUGUUGAUGGAGAGGAACCCCAUACUGGUAUAAUUGCAUCCAUCAGCAAUGACAACCCUGCUCUAGUAUCCUGUGUUGAUGAUGAGAGGCUUGAGUUUCAGGAUGGAGAUCUGGUUGUAUUCUCUGAAGUUCAUGGUAUGAAAGAGUUGAAUGAUGGAAAGCCAAGAAAGAUUAAAAACGCUAGAGCAUAUUCAUUUACUCUCGAAGAAGACACCACAAAUUAUGGUAUUUAUGAAAAAGGUGGUAUUGUCACACAGGUCAAACAACCAAAGGUUUUGAACUUUAAACCACUCAAGGAAGCACUCAGUGAUCCGGGUGACUUUCUUCUGAGUGAUUUUUCUAAAUUUGAUCGCCCACCUCUCCUUCAUUUAGCAUUCCAGGCUUUGGAUAAGUUCAUUUCUGAGAUAGGUCGCUUCCCUGUUGCUGGUUCUGAGGUUGACGCACAGAAACUUAUAUCUAUUGCCAGUGAUAUUAAUGGAAACUUAGGUGAUGGACAGUUGGAAGAUGUGAAUCCAAAACUUUUACGACAAUUUGCCUUCGGUGCUAGGGCAGUAUUGAACCCUAUGGCUGCCAUGUUUGGUGGAGUUGUGGGACAAGAGGUUGUCAAGGCGUGCUCAGGGAAAUUUCAUCCACUUUUUCAGUUUUUCUACUUCGACUCUGUGGAGUCACUUCCUACAGAACCACUGGAUCCUAAUGAUUUGAAGCCAAUAAAUAGUCGUUAUGAUGCACAAAUUUCAGUUUUUGGACUAAAGUUACAGAAGAAAUUGGAGGAUGCUAAAGUGUUUGUUGUUGGAUCUGGUGCAUUGGGAUGUGAAUUUUUAAAAAAUCUUGCCCUAAUGGGAGUUUCUUGUGGAAGUCAGGGGAAACUGACAAUUACUGAUGACGAUGUCAUUGAGAAGAGUAACCUAAGCAGGCAGUUCCUCUUCCGUGACUGGAAUAUUGGCCAGGCUAAGUCUACAGUCGCUGCUUCAGCUGCUUCAUCUAUAAAUCCUCAUCUCAAUAUUGAAGCUUUGCAAAAUCGUGUUGGCCCUGACACGGAAAAUGUGUUUCAUGAUACCUUCUGGGAAAACUUGAGUGUUGUGAUUAAUGCACUGGACAAUGUGAAUGCGAGACUGUAUGUUGAUCAGAGGUGCUUGUAUUUCCAGAAGCCACUUCUUGAAUCUGGAACACUUGGAGCCAAAUGCAAUACCCAGAUGGUCAUUCCCCACCUAACAGAAAACUAUGGUGCAUCAAGAGAUCCACCCGAGAAACAGGCACCAAUGUGUACUGUACACUCAUUUCCACACAACAUUGACCAUUGCUUGACAUGGGCUCGAUCAGAGUUUGAGGGUUUGCUUGAGAAGACUCCAGCUGAAGUAAAUUCAUAUUUGUCCAAUCCAAGUGAAUAUUCUACUGCAAUGAGGAAUGCUGGUGAUGCUCAAGCAAGGGAUAACUUGGAGCGUGUUCUUGAGUGCUUGGAUAAAGAGAAGUGUGAGACUUUUGAAGAUUGCAUUACUUGGGCUAGGCUAAAGUUUGAAGAUUAUUUUGCUGACCGAGUGAAGCAGUUAGCUUAUACUUUUCCUGAAGAUGCUGCAACUAGUACUGGAGCUCCUUUCUGGUCUGCACCAAAACGAUUCCCUCGUCCACUGCAGUUCUCAUCCUCUGAUCUUGGUCAUCUCCAAUUUGUGAUGGCAGCUUCUAUACUAAGAGCAGAAACAUUUGGUAUCCCAAUCCCUGACUGGGUCAAGAACCCUAAGAAGUUGGCUGAAGCUGUUGAUAGAGUGAUAGUACCCGACUUUCAGCCCAAGAAAGAUGCAAAAAUAGUGACUGAUGAGAAGGCCACCAGUCUCGCAACUGCUUCCAUAGAUGAUGCAGCUGUUAUUAAUGAUCUAAUCAUCAGGUUAGAGAGGUGCCGGACAAAGCUGCCGCCAGGGUUCAGGAUGAAGCCUGUUCAGUUUGAGAAGGAUGAUGAUACAAACUACCAUAUGGACGUGAUAGCUGGGCUUGCCAACAUGAGGGCACGAAAUUACAGCAUUCCUGAAGUUGACAAGCUCAAGGCGAAGUUUAUUGCUGGACGGAUCAUUCCAGCAAUUGCAACCUCAACUGCUAUGGCCACUGGGCUUGUCUGCCUGGAGCUGUUCAAAGUUUUGGACGGAGGGCACAAAGUUGAGGACUACAGAAACACAUUUGCCAACUUAGCACUGCCUCUCUUUUCCAUGGCUGAGCCAGUUCCACCAAAGAUCAUCAAGCAUCAAGAUAUGAGUUGGACAGUUUGGGACAGAUGGAUUCUAAGAGACAAUCCUACACUCAGGGAACUUCUUGAGUGGCUGAAGGCAAAAGGCUUGAAUGCUUAUAGUAUUUCAUGUGGAAGUUGUCUGCUCUAUAAUAGCAUGUUCCCUAGGCACAAAGAGCGAAUGGACAAAAAAAUGGCGGAUUUGGCAAGGGAAGUGGCCAAGGUGGACAUCCCUCCGUACCGUCGUCACUUGGACGUUGUUGUGGCCUGUGAGGAUGAUGAGGAUAAUGAUAUUGACAUCCCUCAAAUAUCCAUUUAUUUCCGUUAGGCUGUUUUCAUCAUAUCAGGUGUGUCUGAAGUAGUUUAGAAUGACAGAAUGUUUGACUUUACUGUUCCAUAUUCAUAAUGGGUACACACAAGGUAACACCUCUGACCAUAUCACCGAUUUACAACUGAAUUGAAUAGAAACUUUCGUUCCUUGUAUGUUAUAUCAUUUGCUUUUUUUUUUUUUUAACCCUUCCCUUCUUUCUUGGGAUGGUAAAUUG